UCACUUGUCUGCAGCGGCAGGGCCUCCAAAACAACAGCAGGUGUUACGCUUCUCCCCCUCGGUCCCCUCCGUGUCCCCCACGUCCUCCUCUGGAGACACUGUCCUACAGAUGCAGCGGAAGAUGCUUUUAGACCCCACGACAGGACAUUAUUACCUGGUGGACACUCCGGUACAGGCCACCACCAAGAGACUGUUUGACCCUGAGACGGGCCAGUACGUGGACGUGCCCAUGUCUCAUUCACCGGUGGCUCCCGUCACUCCCAUCACCCCCGUGACCCCCGUCACCCCCGUCACCCCGGUGCCUCUCUCUUUGUCCCCCCUGGCACUGAACCCCGGAGCGUACGCCCCCACCUACAUGAUCUACCCGGGCUUCAUCACAUCUCCCCUUUAG